CAAAGACUUCAAAAUGAAGAUCGAAGAAGUAAAAUCAACAACUAAGACACAGAGAAUUGCCGCUCAUUCUCACGUGAAAGGACUUGGAGUAGACGAUAAGGGUGUUGCUUUGCAGGUUGCUGCAGGUCUUGUUGGUCAAGAGCUUGCAAGAGAGGCAUGUGGUAUUGUAGUGGAGCUUAUUAGAGCAAAGAAGAUGGCUGGAAGAGCAAUUUUACUUGCCGGACCCCCUGGUACUGGCAAAACCGCCCUUGCUCUAGCUAUUGCUCAAGAACUUGGCUCAAAAGUUCCUUUCUGUCCUAUGGUUGCUUCUGAAGUUUACUCUUCUGAGGUGAAGAAAACAGCUGUGCUGAUGGAGAACUUCAGACGAGCAAUUGGGCUGCGAAUAAAGGAAACUAAAGAGGUGUACGAAGGUGAGGUGACCGAGCUGACCCCGUGUGAGACUGAGAGUGCUAUGGGAGGCUACGGUAAAACUGUACAGCAUGUUAUUAUUGGAAUGAAGACUGCAAAAGGAAACAAACAGCUCAAGUUAGACCCUACAAUCUACGAGUCUAUUCAAAAGGAGAAGGUUGAAGUUGGUGAUGUAAUCUACAUUGAGGCUAACACUGGUUCUGUCAAGCGGCAAGGACGAUCUGAUUCCUUCGCAACGGAAUUCGAUUUGGAGGCGGAGGAAUAUGUCCCCGUGCCAAAAGGCGAUGUUCACAAGAAGAAGGAGAUAGUUCAGGACGUAACCCUGCACGACCUGGACGUGGCCAAUGCUAAACCUCAGGGAGGUCAGGAUAUUAUGAGUGUAAUGGGUCAGUUCAUGAAGCAGAAGAAAACUGAGAUAACAGACAAGUUGAGGAAGGAGAUUAACAAGGUCGUUAAUAAGUACAUUGACCAGGGAAUAGCCGAGCUUGUUCCUGGAGUUCUCUUUAUUGAUGAAGUGCACAUGCUAGAUUUAGAGUGCUUCACCUACCUUCAUCAGGCGCUAGAGAGCACCAUCUCCCCCAUAGUCAUAUUCGCUACCAACCGAGGACAUUGCACCAUCAAAGGUUCUGAUGACAUAGUGUCCCCUCACGGUAUGCCCCUGGAUCUCUUGGACCGUAUUAUGAUAAUCCGAACUUCUCCCUACGUCCUGGAAGAGAUGAUUCAGAUUCUGAAGAUAAGAGCGCAAAUAGAAGGGCUAGUUAUAGACGAGGACUCGCUGCAGUGUUUGGGGGAUAUUGGAGUAAAAACCACCCUCAGAUAUGCAGUUCAGCUUCUCACACCUGCACAUCUUCUAAGCAAGAUUAACGGCCGGGAUGCAAUUCACAAAGAAGAUGUCGAGGAAAUUGCUGACCUCUUCUACGAUGCUAAGACAUCUGCCAAGGUUCUUACAUCAGAAAAGGACAAGUACCUGCAUUAAAUAAGAUACUAAAAUCUUCCAGAGCAGAAACAGAAAAAGGGCUCUGGACCACUUUUUAAUCUGUACAAAGUUUAUAAUCAGAACAGUAUCAAGAGGUGGGUCUACAAGAAGAGUCAGUGCGUACUGAGAAGUGUUUGCGGGCCAAUAUUACUCACACUUGUUCCGGAAUACUCGAGAUCAGUGCAAUAAUUUAUUUAUUUUUAUUAUUUGUAUAGCUCUACUGAACUUUUUAUUUCAA